AGUUGGAGUGUUUGGAGUAAAUUCCACGUUGAUGUGUUGUGGUAUUGUUUUUCGGUAUGACAGCUGGACGUGUUUUUAACUGGACUGUUGUUGUGCUCACUUGUCAGCACAAAGACAGCGUUUAUGCUUUCCAGAGAGAGUUGGAGUUACGGCAGCAGCGUGGGAUUCUGCCCCAAGGAGCACUGCUGCUCACUGUCCCUGACCCACAGGAGCAUGUAGGCAGUGGAGGAGCGACUCUCAACGCGCUGCUGGUGGCAGCAGAGCAUCUCAGCGCCAGAGCCGGAUAUACAGUGGUGACUGCAGACGUCUUGUAUGAUGCUCGCAUUCUCAUUUUGCACACGGGGAGAGAUUUUCCCUGGGAUGGCUGCAGUAGGGCUUUCUGUUGGAUGCCUGUUAGUGCAGCUGAACAAAGUGUUGAGGGACCAGUUUGCUGCUUAGAUCUGUUACUGAACUGCCUUUCAGCUAAGGUGUGUGUUGGCUCUCCACCAGGAGUUUGGGUGUGUAGUACAGAUAUGAUCCUGAGCAUCUCUACAAUGCCGGCUGUGCUGUGGGAGGACUUCACUGGUGUGAGGGCUGUGUCCAUACCUGGUGACGUGUCUUUUGCUGUUAACCAUGGAGUCUACCUCACAGACACACAGGGUGGAGUGUGUGAUAUUAUCUACCGGGGUUCAGAGGAGAAGAUCCGCUCUGCUGUAUUGCCUGAUGGGAAAGUUCCUCUGGUGUCAGGACCUGUGUUUUUCUCCAGCUCUGUAUCUGAGAGACUUUUACAAACUCAUGUGACUCCACCACUGGAUGGCUGCACUUACCUGGGCCUGGACUCUGGAGCGCUACCUCUACAGAUCUCUCUCUUUCUGGAUAUCCUGAUGUGCCUUUGCUCAGACCUGACUGAAACAGAGUUUGUAAAUGGAGUGAGAGCAGGUUGCAGUUCACCGACGGGUCCACAAGGGGAGGCAGUGAAGAGCGCUCGCUCUGUGCUGUGGAGGACUUUGCGAGGCGUUCCACUUUUUCUGGUACACGCUUCAGACGGACACUACGAUUACCUGACUCUAUCUGGCAGGGAACAUAUUGUGCGUCUGACAGAGGCAGGAUCAGAGACAGAGAUUCUUUCUCACGUACAGGAGUUGCAGUGUGUGAGCAAGGGCAGUAGGAUCAUUAAUAGUGUCCUGGAAGGAGAGGUGCAUGUUGCAGCAAGGGCUGUUGUGCAACACUGCCACUUACAGGGUCCAAUUCAAGUGAAUUCUGGGUGCCUUCUUUCCGGACUGGAUCAGACCGUGUCGGAUCAACUACGGCACCUGCCUCUGACCAGCAACAUCAUUGUGCAGGGGCACAGGGUGAAUGUGGGGGAGCUGAAAUUGACCGUGUUUACAGUGUUUGGGGCGUAUGAUAGUUUGGAGGCCCAGAGUGACGAUGAUGCUGCUUCAUUCCUGAAUCAAACGUGGAGUCGCUUUUUUAGCAGCACUGGAGUACAGCGAGAGGAUUUGUGGGGAGCAUCGAGUGAAGCAGCUCAGACUCUGCUGGACGCUCGCUUGUUUAUGGCUUUUAUGCCAAAGGGAGGCACAACAGGGCUAGACGGUGUUCGCUUCCUACUGGGAGGCUCUGGGAGUAUAGAGAGCUGGAGAUCAGCAUGGAGGCUCUCUCUGAGGGAGGUGCUGUCUCUCACCGACCAGCACCGUGAACUGCAGUGGAGAGACAAGCUGCUGUUUAGCGCCGGACGGAGAAGAGCGGCAGAGACACUGAAGAGCCACGCAGCCCACAACCUUCUGCCAUGUAUGAGGGCAGCAGUGCUGGGAGGCAAGCAGACCGAACUACUGAACACACUCGACUCCGUGGCUGCAGGGAGUCUUGGUGAUCUAGGAGUAGCUGCACGCACAUUGGCAUGCAUCGCUGAUGUUCUUGGUUGCAUGGCUGGUGAGGGAAAAGGAGGUUUGAGGAGUGGCCCUGCUGCUAAUCCAGCCUGGGCUACUGCUUUCAGCCUGCUGGAGCAGGGCAAGCUAGAGGCCGGUGUCCUGGAACUGGCCAAGCAGAGAACCCACUGGCUCAACAGACCUGACCUGCUGGUACGAGCUGCCAGACACUACGAGGGAGCAGGACAGAUCCUUCUCAGAAAAGCGGUGAUGUCCGCACGGCAGUUUGUGUUCAUUGGCCAAGGCGAGAUGCCACCAAUGGGAGAGUGGCAGGAAGUGGAGUGUCCAGCUAGACUGGAUCUCUCAGGUGGUUGGAGCGACACUCCCCCAAUUGCGUUUGAGCAUGGAGGCGUGGUGAUAAAUGUGUCUGUGAAAGUGGAUGGAAAACGACCCAUCGGAGCCCGAGUGCGCCGCAUUCCAGAACCUCGACUGGUGUUGGUGAGCCGCAGCGGCCCUCCGGACUGCAGCAUGACUACACAAACAGUGUGUAACGACCUCACUGACCUGGAGGACCACUGCCAGCCCCAUGCACCCGGUGCUUUGUUAAAGGCGGUGUGUGUGUGCAGCGAUGUAGUGUGUUUAACAUCUCCUUUGUCUCUGGAGCAGCAGCUGAUGCAGUGCUGGGGAGGAGGACUGGAGCUGCACAGCUGGUCUGAGCUGCCUCAUGGCUCAGGACUCGGUACAAGCAGUAUCCUGGCAGGUGCGAUUCUGGCUGCGGUGUACAGAUGCACUGGCCGGAGCUAUGACACCGGUUCUCUUAUCCAUGCAGUACUACACCUGGAGCAGAUCCUCACCACAGGUGGAGGGUGGCAGGACCAGGUGGGAGGGCUGGUAGGUGGAGUGAAGGUGGCGCGGUCCCAUCUCACACUACCCCUUAAAGUGGAAGUGGAGCAACUCAUUCUUCCUCCAGAUUUCCUCACUGCACUGCAACAGCGUCUCCUGCUGAUCUAUACGGGCAAGACACGGCUAGCACGCAACCUGCUACAGGAUGUGGUGCGGAAUUGGUACAGUCGUCUGCCUUCGAUUGUGCAGAACGCAGAGCAGCUGGUGAGCAAUGCUGAGGAGUGUGCACGGGCCUGCACAGAGGGGUCUCUUAGCAAACUAGGGGACUGCAUGAACCGCUACUGGCAGCAGAAGAAAGCGAUGGCUCCAGGAUGUGAACCAGCUGCGGUGAGAACCAUGAUGGAUGCCCUUCAACAUAUAUCCUUAGGCCAAAGCCUGGCGGGGGCAGGAGGGGGUGGCUUCCUGUUCGUACUCACACGGCACGCAAAGCAGGAGGAGAAUGUACGACAGAUCCUCAAGAGUACACAGGGUCUCUGUGACUUCAGUGUGCACUCGGUGCAGAUCGACAUGGAAGGAAUUACAGUGGUACAUCAGAGCACAGGUGAUGUCCAGUGUCCCAGUUAAACUACACCAACACCAUGAAGAUGAAGAUGAAGCAUGAAACAUAGUUCAGUAAUUAAAAAUGUAUACAGAUCUGUAUGUAGGUGAAAGGAAGACCAAGCAGCUGUUUAGGUGUGAGGCUUCACCCACUGUUCAGCAUGUUUGCACAGACAUAACCUACACACACAUACACACACACAUUUACAUUUCUGGCAUUUGGCAGACGCUCUUAUCCAGAGCGACAUACAAAAGUGCAAAAGUCUCUAUCAUUGAAAACAUUAACACUGGUUCAAUAGGUUACAGACUUAGGAUACCAUUAGCCUAAAAUUGGAUGUUUUUUUAUUUUAUUUUAUUAAUUUUUAUUUUUUAUUUUUUAUUAAACAUAUAACAAUACAUAAACAGGGAAAGAUAAGAGCUAGUUUAAGUGCUUCAGAAAAAGGUAGGUCUUAAGACGUCGUUUGAAGAUAGUCAGAGACUCUGCUGUAUGGACAUCUAGGGGAAGUUCAUUUCACCACCUCGGUGCCAAAACAGAGAAGAGUCUAGAUGAAUACCUACCUUUUGCCAGGAGAGAUGGUGAGACCAGUCGGGCAGUGCUAGUGGAUCGGAGGGAGUGAGGUGCAGUGUGAGGAGUAAUAAGAUCUUUGAGGGAAGAUGGUGUUGGUCCAUUCUUGGCUUUGUAGGCAAGUAUCAGUGCUUUGAAUAUGAUGCGUGCAGCUACCAGAAGCCAGUGGAGGGAACGCAGCAGUGGGGUGGUGUGGGAGAACUUAGGCAGGUUGAAAACAAGCUGCAUUUUGGAUCAUUUGCAGUGGAUGAAUUGCAUUCAGAGGAAGACCUGCCACACACACACUCACAAUGACAGAAACCAUUAGAGAACUGGAGAGCAAUGGAAUGAGACUUUCGGUUAAAAGAAAAACUUGGUGCUUAACAUUAAUUCACACUUCAACCGUGUCUCUUAAAUUAAUCAGUGAUUACAUCUUUGAAUGCAUAAAACAGAUAGACAGACUGCAGUUCAUUAUAAAAGCAAAAAUUAUGGAUUUUACUAUACCGUUUGUGUCAUUGUUCAGUCCCUCCAGGAUUUAAAGAGUUUUUUGUGAUUGUUGCAGCCAAAAAUGCUUGAUUUUCCUGCAACCUUUUUGUUCUACAAGUCCUACAAGUGAGACACGCUGUAUGUGAGGUCGCUGGCUGAAUGCGUGUCGUGAUGAUGUCACUCAACAUGUCUCGACCCGAAUCCUGGAGUUUGCUUGAAUUUCUGUGAUUUCAAAAUCGUAAAAUCCUGGAAGGACUGACUAUAAAUGAAAAUAGAGUUGAUAGUAGCUGAUUUUCCCACUCUGGGUUUAUGGUUCUCUUAAUUUCCUACUAUAAUAAUGGAGACUAGCUUUCUUUAAAAUCUGUAAAUUCUAUGAUAGUCAACAAGAUGUUUUUUUUUCUGUGCUGGAUUAGAUCCUUUAUCGAGCCAGCAGGAUGUUUGGGUGUAUGUUUGACUCUAAACUCUCUCAUCAUUAAUAUGAGAGAAAUUAAUACAUAUCUGGAUGGAAAUAAUCAUUGUGACAUAAGAUAAGAUUAUUGAAACAAUGCCAUGGCGAAUGUUUGUCAUAAUCAAAGCAAAAGGUGGUCCAACUAAAUAUUAGUGUAUAUAUUGUAAAUAUAUGGAAAUAACUCAAAUUUUGUAUGUUUCAUUUUUAAUCCACUUCUCUCUCUCUCUCUCUCUAUAUAUAUAUACACUGUAUAUAAAACUCUACUACUAAAUAAAGUGUUUAGUAUAA